GGGCAGCUUAAGCUUAGGAAACAAAGUUGGAAAGCGUUUUUCUCUGUUGAUCGAGUCACACGGGAGGUCUGUGUCACUUCAAGUAAUGCGGGGUUAUACCUGAGCGCCAAUUAUCGCAUGCCGUUGCUUGGCAAGGAGAGGCAAGAGAAGAAGAAAAAGCCCUUCACAUCUCUAUGUGUAUAUAUUUGCAGACAGGGGGACCAGUGAGAAUUGUAGGCAUCCAUAUUCACAGCUACUCCCUUUGGAGCCACUACAGAGAUGAAGAAGACUGUUUAAUUGGACCCUGAAAUAUUUAAAAUAAGAUGAUUUGACGCAUCUCUCUCUUUCUCUCUCUCUCUUCCCCCGUUUUUACAAUGGUCAUACGCAAGACCUAAAUCCUUUUGCCUGAAUAGGGCAGUAGCUUCAGCUGUGGAUUACAGAUUGAGAAGGAUUUAGGAUUUCCGACUGACAUGUGUUACACUGUUGGUUGUUUGCAUCUUUUUUUCCCCUCUCCUCCGAUCAACGCAAGGGUGCACGACGCUGCUGUGAAAACGUUCAUUUAAGAUUCCACAGGAAAACCUUGGAGGAAGAAGGAAAACAAAGGAAAGCACUAAGCUGCAUGAAGUAAGGCAUAUGCUUUUUCUGUGCGUAAGACUUUUAUCAUAUUGCACAGCAAAACGCGGAUUGAGUCAGCUAACUCUUUAUGACUUUUUCCACUGCAUUCCAAGACAAUGGACCAACUGUUGACUCUAUUGUGGACGAUUCAAUUGGAACUUGAUAGUGUUUUGUUGAGGAGGCAGGACUGAACUCUGUCUUUAACCUUUUUUUUAAUCUGUCACUGUGAAAAGGGAAUGCUCCACAUAUUAUUUUUAAAUCUUUGCACUAUUAUGGGAAGAGCCCGUUAAAUUCGGGAGACUGAUCAAAUAUAUCUAGAAAUACUGCUUCAUGCUUGGCAGUUCUUAAAGACUCCCGAAACCAUAUCACACUCUGAACUCUAAUUUCAUCGCGUCUCAGGGAAAGGCAAGCUUGAAGAUUUUUUUGUAUUUAGCUUGUUUUCUUGGUAAGAUCCAUUCAAUGACCUUCUUCACCGAGUGAAAUAUUUAUGGCUGCAGAAAGGGGCUGAUAACUUUUCCUGUUCUAGCCAGUUAUUGUUCGGGGGGGACUUGGGACCUCUUGCUGGUGUUCUUCAGCCUUUGCACCAAGCACAAUUUGCUGAAAAAUGAGCACUAUCGUGAUGGCGCCUCCAGCUGCUGUGCCUGCAGCUUCGUCAGCUGCGAGAGCCUCUUCUUCUGCCAGGCCGUCGUCUCCCGCAAUGAUGUCAUCCCCAAAACCGUGGCAGAAGACCUCUGUCUCCCGGCUAGCGGAAGAAUUUUUCUGGAUUGGCGGCAGCAUUGUUGCGUCACCCAAAUGGAGAAUGGGACAGAUCGUGGAGAGAUGCAUGAGCUCCAUGCAGACUGGGACUCAGAUGGUGAAGCUGCGAGGAAGCUCCAAGGGACUGGUGCGGUUCUACUACCUGGAUGAGCACAAAUCCUGCAUCCGUUGGCGGCCUUCCAGGAAGAAUGAAAAAGCCAAAAUUUCCAUAGAUUCAAUGCGGGAGGUGUGUGAAGGGAAACAGUCUGAAAUCUUUCAGCGCUACGCGGAUGGCAGUUUUGAUCCAAACUGCUGUUUCAGUAUUUACUAUGGGGACCACAUGGAAUCUCUUGACCUGGUGUCUACGAAUGCUGAGGAGGCACGGACCUGGAUUACCGGCCUUAAAUACCUCAUGGCUGGCAUCAGUGAUGAAGACAGCCUGGCAAAGAGACAGCGGACACGUGACCAGUGGCUGAAGCAGACAUUCACUGAAGCAGAUAAAAACGGUGAUGGCAGUUUAAGCAUAAGUGAAGUUCUGCAACUCAUUCACAAGCUGAACGUCAACCUUCCCAGACAGAAAGUAAAGCAGAUGUUUAAGGAGGCAGAUACAGAUGAUAACCAGGGCACGCUGGGAUUUGAGGAGUUCUGUGCUUUUUACAAGAUGAUGUCCACGCGGAGGGACCUCUACCUGCUCAUGCUCACCUACAGCAACCACAAGGACCACCUGGACACAGAUGAUCUGAUCCGCUUCCUGGAGAUUGAGCAAAAGAUGACCAGUGUAACAAAAGAACACUGCCUGGAGAUUGUGAACAAGUUUGAACCUUGUCCUGAGAACCAGAGUCAAGGAGUCCUGGGGAUUGAUGGGUUUACCAACUAUAUGCGCAGCCCUGCUGGGGAUAUCUUCAACCCAGACCAUUAUGAGGUGAAUCAGGACAUGACCCAGUCCCUGUGCAACUAUUUCAUUGCCUCCUCUCACAACACAUACCUGAUGGGAGACCAGCUCAUGUCUCAGUCGAGGGUUGACAUGUACGCCUGGGUACUCCAGGCUGGCUGCCGCUGUGUGGAAGUGGACUGUUGGGACGGCCAGGAUGGUGAACCUAUUGUCCACCAUGGCUACACCUUAACUUCAAAAAUCCUUUUCAAAGACGUCAUUGAAACCAUCAACAAAUAUGCUUUUGUAAAAAACCCAUACCCAGUCAUCCUGUCUAUAGAGAACCAUUGCAGUGUACCUCAGCAGAAGAAGAUGGCCCAGUAUUUAAUUGAAGUUUUGGGAGAAAAACUGGAUCUGUCCUCAGUCAGCAUGGAUGAGUCUGGACUUCUGCCUUCCCCCGAGACCCUGAAAGGAAAAAUUCUAGUCAAGGGGAAGAAACUCCCACCUAACAUCGAUGAGAACGCAGAGGAAGGUGAUGUAUCGGAUGAAGACAGCGCAGAUGAGAUUGAGGAUGACUGUAAACUGAUGAAUGGAGAUUGGAAGACAUCUGUAAACAGAAAACAGGUGGAGAAUGUGGCAAAAAAGAAGCUCGACUCCCUGAUGAAAGAGUCAAAAAUUCGGGAUUGCGAAGAUCCAGACAGCUUCACCAUUGCAGCUCUGCCACCUUCGGGAAAGCUUAGUGAAAAACCUUCCCUGAAAAAGCAAAAAAGCAGUCCAAUUCCAGGAGACAAGCACCUGGGCAAAGGCGAGGAUGGAGCAGAGCCUGGAGAAGACAGCAGCCUCAGCACCAACAAGCGCCAAAGCCGGUCCUUUAUGGGCAGCUUCUCCAAACGCAAGAAAAAAACUGCAAAGCUGAAAAAGUCAUCUAGCUUUGAGGACGAGGACGAUGAGCAGGAGAGCUCCAGCAGUGUGUCCCGGGGGGCUGUGCACUACAGCAGGAUAACCCGUCAGAAGAAGACAAUGAAGCUCUCCCGUGCUCUCUCUGACCUCGUGAAAUACACCAAGUCUGUUGGCCUCCAGGACAUCGAGACUCAGGUGACGUCCAGCUGGCAGGUCUCCUCCCUCAGCGAGACCAAGGCCCACCAGAUUAUGCAGCAGAAACCAGCCCAUUUCAUCCACUUCAACCAGCGGCAGCUGUCCCGCAUCUACCCCUCCUCCUACCGCGUCGACUCCAGCAACUACAACCCCCAGCCCUUCUGGAACGCGGGGUGCCACCUGGUUGCCCUCAACUACCAGUCGGAGGGACGCGUAUUACAACUGAAUCGGGCCAAGUUUUACAGCAAUGGGAAUUGUGGGUACAUAUUGAAGCCCAAGUGCAUGUGUGAAGGUGCCUUUAACCCAAUGCUAGAGGACCCUCUGCCAGGUCUGAUGAAGAAACAGCUGGUUCUGAGGGUAAUCAGUGGACAACAGCUUCCCAAGCCUAAGGACUCCAUGCUAGGAGACAGGGGAGAGAUUAUCGACCCCUUUGUGGAGGUCGAGAUAAUAGGAUUACCUGCUGACUGCUGUAAGGAGCAGACAAGAGUGGUGGAUGAUAAUGGUUUUAACCCCAUGUGGGAGGAGACUUUGGUAUUCACUCUUCACAUGCCUGAAAUAGCUCUGGUUCGCUUCCUGGUGUGGGAUCAUGACCCAAUUGGCAGAGACUUCAUUGGGCAAAGGACAAUAGCUUUUAACAGCAUCAUGCCAGGUUACCGGCAUGUUUAUUUAGAAGGUAUGGAAGAGGCUUCCAUCUUUGUUCAUGUAGCUGUGAAUGACAUCACUGGUAAGGUGGUUGUAAUGAAAAGCCAUCUUUGCAUGCAAAAUUGUUCUACUCUGGCCAGACCAGCCAUUGGCAUAAAAGGGCUGUUUCACAGAAACCCAAAGCAAGCUUCCCUCGACAGCCAUGCUGCUGCACAGCUCAGUCGUAAGCACACGUUCGGCGCCCACCUCUUGCGCAGGACGGCCAGUGCCCCCACCAAGGGCCAGCAGAAAAUAAAGAAGGGCUUUCCGGAGAUCUCCAUCGACACCAAAGAUUAUAGCUCAGAGGGUGCCAGCGAAGACAGGGAGUCGGAAGACGCCUCUCAGCCUCGGGUGGACCAGGGGGCAAUCUCAGCUGGACCAGGCCCACAGGACGGUACCAACGGGGAGCUACAUCCUGAGGGCGUCAAAGAUAGCCUCACCAGUUCAUUGCACAUACCCGUCUCUCCAAUGUACACCCUGGAAACCAUUGCUGAAGAGACGUCCUUCUCAGAGGAGAAAAAUCACAUCUUCAUUUCUAGUCCUGCUUCAAUCUCCACCUCGUCCCACUCAGUCAUGGAGGCCACUGUCUCACAGCUGAACCCUGCUAAAGCUCCUGCUUCUUUGUGUCAUUCAGCAAUACAACCUGUAACCCCCUCUCUGCUACUUCAAGAGGGAAAUACCUGUCUAACCCCAGAAAAGGAAGGUGUCAAGAGAACAACUAAUUCAGAAAAGACUUCUGCUGUUACCCCUGAUCCUGGAAUCGAGAAAGUAAGCAAUGAUGUGAAAUGGGUUGAAGAAAAAAUUAGAAACAUUCCAUUAACUAGUGCUGAAGAGACUGGAAUGAAGUCCCAUUUGUGUAAUUCCCCUGUACAAUUGAAUGGUCCACCUCAAGAUAAUGGAACAGGUGUUUGUAAAACUAUAGCAGCAGGUAAAGAUGGAAAUGAAUUUAAGACUGAGCUAAACCAAACACAUCAGCAGAUUUCUUUCAUGAAUAACACUGUCUACUCAGGCAACAGCUCUCAGAGAGCACAGGAUGGGAAGGCAUUUCUUAGCACAGAACAACCUCAGACUCUGCAGGUUAGGCAGCGUACACUGGUGCGCAGAACGAAAAGUGAAGGGCAUGUUCGGGCAGCUCUUUCUGGGAGUGAGCAGUCACCUGUUCCCGAGGUCUAUACUGAUGUCACCAUGAAUGAUAGGCUGUGGAGCAAGCUCGAUAACCGCAACCACAGGGACAGCGUGUCCUCAUCAUCUAGCAUAUCCUCCACUGACACAGUCAUUGACCUAUCCUUGCCAAACUUGGCCCGGAAGAGUUUAACAAACCUAAGUGGCUCCCGGGAGGAUUCUGAGGAAGUAUUCAUGACUAAUACGGUCAACUGGCCAUGUUCUGCCACUACGGGGUGUGAGAUUUCAAGGGUUAGUAAAAGUAAGUCCAACCCUAACUUGCGAACUGAGGACAUGAGUGAAAUGAAAGAUGAGCUACAGCCCAGACCCUUGGGGAAGGAGCUUCGCAACCCUGGCAGGCCAAUGCAGAGGAGGCACACCUGGAGCAGGCUUUACAUGGAAGGCCUCAAGCAGUCAGCUUCGGCUGCUAGGAAGUCCCCUGCGCCUGUUGUCAAGGAUGUGGACAGCAGCUCCAAGUCCAAGAGCCUGGGGGACCUGACCUCAGAUGACAUUGCCUGCAACUUUGACAGCAAGUACAGAAGCAUCAGUCGGAGCUUCAUCACCCGGCCCAUGAGGGGUCAGCGCAAACCGCCCCAGAAAACCCCGGAUGACCUGACGGAACAGCUCAAGAGGCUGACCGCCGUGGAGCCGCUCACCGCCGGAGACUUUGCCUCAUCGGCACUGGCAGAGGAUGAGAAGGAGGAGGAGGUCUGCCUGCUGCGGAGGUCCUCCUCCAGGAGCCAGAGCAGGGUGCGCUACAUCGCCAACAGAGCCAAGCAGGCACAGGAGAGGCAGAGGCUGCAGAGCCUGACCCAGCAGAACAGCAGUCCCAUCGAAGAGCGAGGGAACCCGGAGGGAGCCUGCUCUGUGGCCAGGAGCCUGUGCGCCAACUUGGACCUUCUCAGCCAGCUCCCCCCUGUUCCUCAAGACCCAAAUCCCCAGGCACCUGACACGGAGGUAUUCUUCAUGCUGAAGCUUUGAAAAAGAAGGCUGAACUGUUUGAACCAUGCUUGAACUGAAUCCAGUAAUGUGUGUCGAAAAAGUAUAAGCAAAGGUGGUUUUUUUUGUGACAUUUUUAAAGGAAUUGAUACUGCAAGAUUUUGUACAUGUAAAACCGAUGUUCUUCAAUGCAUUAUGUUUGUUUCUUUCUUCAUGCACUGAAUAUGUCAUAUCUAGUCCCGUGACCUGACUUAAGAGGUGCUUUCAAUUAUCUAGUCAAAUUGUUGUUUUGAAUUUGAUUGAUAGCAUCAUUCCUAAUCCAUAGGUAUGAGAGUAGUAAGAGGGACCAUAAAGUAAUGUAGUCCAAAUAUAUCACUUAGGUCAGCACAAAAAACACUAAAAUAUUUCAAAUUGUAAGACUUAAAAUAAUAGAUAAAUAGCUUUAAGGGCACUUUAAAUAGUGAGUUCUCACCUUGUCGGAUGUCUGCUUUUUAAGCUUGGAUACAUUGCAUCUACUACAGAGACGGGUAUGUAUGUUGUGCUUUCACCCUAUCCACUAUGACAGAAAGACACAAAGCCUGGAAGGCCCUAUAAAAGUUUCUUAUACUUUGUUUUCAAAAGCAUUUAUGUUUUUACUGUAAGAAAUACAUUGCACAUGCUGUUCUAGAUGUAUGUACUACUACACUGGAAGGCGAUAAAAGCUCUGUUACAAGAGCUCAAAAGACCUCAAAACCAGCCUACCUGAAUCUCCCUUCUACAGUGGUGAAUUCCAGAUGUAAGAGUCACAGACUUAGCGUUAGACUAGUUCUUAUAAAGGUGCCGUAACUUUGUAGUCCAUUUAUUUCUUUUUUCUUUUUUAAAACUAGAUUUCAAUUCACUGGUUACAAGUAGACAAAACGCAACGCAUAGUUAAGCAGAUUGUUAGAGUCAUUGUAUCUUAUGUGACAACUGACAACAAUACUGUAAAUGGGGGGAUUUUUAAAAGACUUGAUUGUACUAGAACUGUAAAACCCAGCAAAAAUGCAUCUUGCGAUGGGAUAAAUUGUAUAAAUUGAUCAAUUUUUUCAGAACCUGUUAUACAAUUCUUGUAUGUAAUAUCUUUCCCAUUCUCGGUUAUAGCGAGCUAUUACAUGGAGAAUUGUUCUGUACAACCUCAAGGUGUUGUUGUGCAAUGUACAAAUGUCAGCUCACAACCUUUCAUUAGUCCUCUGUGAUGUUAAAACUACAGUGGAAGAUUGUGUAUUGUCCAACAUUGUAUUACCCAUGGAACUGCCCAAGAAUCGGUACGAAUCCCAUUGCAUGGUACAAAUGCACUAUCAUCUCAUUUUGAAAAGGUUUACUUGCAAUGUUUUUAAUUAGUUGGGGAAAUGAAAAACCUUUUCAGUGUUUUGUUGAGUGGAAUAUGCCAAUCAGUUCUGCAUCUGAUAUUUUAAUGAGUCAUUUUAGAUGGUAUUUUAUAUGUUGAUGAGAUGCUGUAAAGCACCUUUCUUAACUUGUACUGUUUUGCACUGCCAUGUCAGUUUUCUGUAUGAAAUUUUAGAAAAAAAUAUUUAAACUUUAGCAUAUGUAAUUAGAGAUCAUAUAAAUAAAUUACUGCAUUUUUCAUUGUUUUUUACUUUUUUGAUGAUACAUGUUUUAGGUAUGAGUAAUUUUCUUUUGUCAUUUAUGUAUUUUAAAAUAGGUGUACAUUUACUUUUAAAACCCAUUUCAUAUAUUGUAUAAAAUAUUUACAGACAUGACAUGCAAAAAAACCCUGUAUAUCUGAACUUUUAUUCACUUAAUGUAAAUCAACACUAAAUAAAAUAUUUAAUCUUUA